AUGCUACGCACGACGAGCUUGCUGGCCGGGACGCGGCCGACGCUCGCUGCGGCCCAUGGCCACAAGCCCAAGCCCGCGUAUGGGCAGCUACGCUUCUUCAGUGCCAAGCGCUCCAAGAAGGCAGCGGCGCCGGUCGCCAAAGAGGCGGCCGUCGAGAAGUCGGCCGGCCUCGACCCGUACGUGCGGGACAUUGGCUUCUACAUGAUUACGGCCGCGACGCUGCUGGUGGGCACAUCGUACUACAAGAGCAUGAACGAAGACGACUCGACGGAAACCUUGGUGUUUCUCCAAGCCAAGCACACAGCGAUCCGCAACAAGGUGGUCAUUGACAUCACGGGACUGCCCACCAAGGUCGAGAUGCUGCCGGAUGCGGUGCAAGACGGCGCGACGAUCUACUCGGGCACGAUCGGUCUCGAAGGCGAGCGCGGAAAGACAGUCGUGCACUACACGGCCGAUGCGAGUGUUACGGAUGAGAACGGCAAGUACGCGCUCCGGCGCCUCGACUUGAUCCAGGCCGAUGGCAGUGUUGUCUCGCUCCUCAAGCCGCAGCCCACUGUUGUCUUGACCGACGCCGAAGACGCCCAAGUGAAAGAGCAGCGCAAAGGUGAGCUCAAGGCGCUCAUCUCCAAGCUUGCGCUGCCGGCGCUCUUGUGCUUUGGCGUCGGGUGCACAGCCGGCUAUGUGAUGCUGCGCAUUCUUAAGAACCGUCCGUCGUACAUCAUCCAGAUGGGGCUCGACCGCGUGAACCAAGUGCCCAAGGUCAAGGACUUUCUGGGCCACCCGAUCAAAACCAACAAGAACACGUACGUCGGCGCGAUCUCGGACACGUCGGCCAAGUUUGAGUCGGUGUGCAAGGGCCCGAAGGGGGAAGGCACCAUGUAUGUCCAGGCGACGCGACCCAACACGGCCAGUGGUGCGUGGGAAUUCACGCACUUGUCCAUGGGCAUCAAGGGCCGCGCCAAGAAGAUCACGAUCGUUGAGCCGUCGCCCAAGUCGUCGACCCCACUGUAGACCACACCAAGGACAUAGAGCCCUUGACCCAAUAGAGCUCCGCCAUCCUCGGCCAU